ACGUGUUGUCGUCCGGAGGGCGAAACCGUCAUUGCAUUAACGGCCUUAUCCAUUCCCCCCGCUCUUCGCUCUCGGCCCUCCAGCGCGUAUAAAUGCACGGCCCAAACCACCGGCACACGCGCUCACUCAUCUCCCAUUCGUUCUCCCUCCACAUCGCGCGCUUCUUUUUUUUUUCUCCCCCUCUCCCAUCCCAUCUGGUCCUACCAUUCCUCGCACGAAGUCGACGGUGGACCGACUCGCACAUCGUCUCCGACGUGGCGGUGGUGGUACUACGCAGGCAGCACACGCUACGCGCAAUGGCGAGGACCACGCGGUCGGCGGCGACGGAGCGCGCGUACCUCCACUUCGCGCCGGCGCCGCACGGAGGAGGCGUCGUCGUGGUGCCGACGAGCCCCCUAGCGGGCACGGGCGAGGACUUCGACGAGUCGGACAUCUGGGGCGCGUUCGCCCCGAGCGCCGCUGCUGCGCCUGCUGCCGAGGCGCCGCCGCCGCGGGCGCGCCCGUUUGUGCUGGCCGCGGCCGGGAAGGCGACGACGAAGCCGGCGGCUCCUGCGCACGGGUCCCUGCCGGUGAAGAUCCCGGACUGGUCCAAGAUCCUGGGCGACGAGUACCGGCCCGCGGGAUACCACCACGGCUGGGACUGGGAGGUGGACGACGCCGACGACGACGGCUCCGUGGACGCGCUGGUGCCCCCGCACGAGCUCGCGUGCCGGCGCCGCGCCGCGUCGCUGUCGGUGAACGGGGUCGUCGGUAGGACCCUCAAGGUCCGGGACGCGGUGUGGAAGCGGACCACCGGGUUCCAGGACUGACUGACCGGCGGCAGCGGCGACGACAACGGCGGCGACUUGGUCGGGGCCGCGGACGCCAUUUUGCACUCCUAUAGCCGGCGUGUGCUUCGCUAUAGCUUUGGCAGAGGAAUUUAGGUUUCGAUGAAAUUUAAUUGAGUCGGGAAUAGUUGAUCGUUGCUUCAGGUAGUGGUGCAGGAAGUUGAUGGGUGUUGUCUUUUAGUGAGUGAGUUUUUUGUUUUGUUUUGCAAGAGCUAGCGUUUUAGCUAGUCCACCCCUUUUGCUGUGCGCUAAUUUAAUUUAGCGGUGUUUGUUUUGUUUCUCGCCUUGGUAAAGCCUUGGCAUAUCGAUGAGAUGAGGUUCGUCUCUAGGUCUAGGUUGUUUGUGUCUGUACCAUUGAUGGUUUACCGUUGCAUUUUGUAGCGGACA